AUGGCGUCUGCCUCCCCUCGCUCGGUUCUUUCCCCCGGGAAGAAGCAGUCGCUCUCGCACUUGACAUCUCCGUCCUCGUCCGCGAAACGGAACUCUUCUCUGUCGGCGCGUCUCUCGCCGCUUCAAAAGAGCGACUCUCUGCACGGGCGCCCAAGCGCCAGCAAGCAAGACGAAGAAACGAAGGAAAACAGCCUGCGCGCAGCCGCUUCUGUCCGCUCCUCUCUGGGCAAGGCGACACUCUCGACGGGAAUUCCGUCGCCGCUGUUCAAAAAGCAUAAAGGCGAGGCAUCUCUCGAAGCGAAGGACGUGAACGGUUCGUUCGAGGGGAAACACGGAAAGCACACGUCCCCGCUUCGGCCUUCGCCGUCGGGUGUACCUACACCUCAAGGGGCUUCGGAGAAGCGGCACGCCCAGAAGACCGGUCCGCUGUCUCCCUCCCCUCUUUCUUUCGCGUCACCUGCUUCCGCGAGUAUCGCGACCAAGGGCGGUCUCCGCAAGAAAGAGGCGAAAAGGGAACAGACCGACGCGGCGAGAGGAGACGGAGAAGGCCGCAAAGUGCGAGCGCCGAAGGAGAAAGGCGACGUCUCUCCGAAAAGCGAGAAGUCUGUCCCGUCGGCUGAAAAACAAACUCCACAGGCGCGCAGCACGCACUCGCCGGGGUUGCCGCUGCGGGGAGUGCCGGGCGAGCGCGGGGACACCUCGAAGACGCAAGACGCCCAGCGUGUACACCUGACGAAGGAAGGCUCUCGAGAUCCUGGCCAGGUCCGCGCGUUCAAAGCGGCAAGGCCAGAGAAGGGAGAGAAGGAGCGAACCUCGAGCAACGCCGGCAGACAUGCGGUGCACGGCGGCGCGCCUCCCUCCCAGGACAAACUCAAGUUUCAAUCGGCGGCGCCGCGUCCAGCCUCAAAGCCGAGACUGGCGCCUGCGACUGGCUCACCUCCGGUGCGCCCCAGUGCAGAAAAGACGGAAAGCACCGACAGCGCAGCCCAGAGAUCUGUCCCUCGCGUGGCGCUCUCGAGACGCCCAGCCGCCGCCGUCCCCCGACACCCCAUUCCGCACUUGACGCUCCCGCGCAUCGCUGAGCUCGCCGCGAUGAGUGUACAGACACCGCAGGCGGUUGGCGAAGCUGCGAAGACCUCGAAGCCUGCAGGAGCGAGAAGAGGGGAGGAAAAGAAGGCCUCGCGAGACAAGGCGGCGCAUGCAGACGCGCCCGAGGCUUCCGCUUCUGCGCUGGACAUGGCCACGAUUUCCUCGCUGGACUUGAGCGAAAGGGAGGCAGAGGACGUGGCCGACCUCGCGUGCUACAAAAGUCUAAAGAGACUCGACCUGAGCGGGAACAAACUGACGGGCGGUCUCGGGUUUCUGGCCAUGAACAUUCAACUGCGCUGGCUCAAGGCCGCCCGGAGCCUGCUCGAGGGCGGAGACGUGCUCAAACAGGCUCUGAUGAACCUCGCCAACCUCGUCGUUCUCGAUCUAAGCAGCAAUCAGAUCACCCGCCUCGAGGCCUUUGCGCCGCUGAAGGCCCUGAAAACGCUCGUCCUCAGUGAAAAUCAAAUCCUAUUGUCUCGGAACAGAAUUCAAGAAGUGGAAAAACCCCCAAAGCCCCUGACACAGCUGAAGAAGCUGUCGCUCUCAGACAAUCGCCUCAAGUUUCCUGCGUUGCUGGAGCUGCGUCUGAACGGGAACAGCCUUCUCUCUGUCGGCACCGGCGUCACCUGCAUGUCCGAGCUGAAGAUCCUCGAUCUCGGCAGAAACCAACUCCACCGGAUAGAGGGCGUGAAGGCUCUCGCGGAUCACCUGAAACUCAAUCAGUUGAAUAUUCUCGGCAAUCCGCUGAUGAGCGUCGCUUCGAUCUUGAAGGAGGUCGAGACGCAGGUUGUGGCGACUCUGCCGAAUUUGAAGAUUUUCAAUGCGAAACCGUUGCAGCCGCGGCGGGAAAAUCCUCGCAAGGUGCUGUGGAAACAGCGGCAAGAGGCGGCGCGUAAUCUCGCGCGGAGCGGCGAGGAGCUGAAAGCGGGCACGGAGACACUUGGAGACACCUCGGCGAGGGGCGUGAAACACGCAGAGCCUUCGGGUGGCGUCUGCCACGCGAAGCCCGCGAAAAAACUUUCGCAUGCAGGCGCGACGGAAGAAACGAAGGCGAACGAGAAGCCGCAGCCACCCCUCAAGCGCGCGGCGCCCAGUCUCGCCUCCGCCUCGCCGAAAAAGAAGAAACUGUAA